AACUUUAUAUUAUUUUAGAACAUUAAUGAUAUUUUCAGAAUGUAUCAAGUACCAAAUUACACACAGACUGUGUCAAUGAAGCUAUCAGAGGUUCUGGCUGAUAUAGGUGUUAAUGAGAGAAUAGUGAUGAAAACGAGAAGAACAUGGCUUCUGUUUGAAUCAAUAACAAAUAUAAAUGACCAACUACUUGAUGAAAUUGAUAAAUUAACAUUCUUUUUUGGAAGCAGAUCAGAAUGUACAACAACAAUUGGAAUGAAUUCAGACAUAGAUCAACUUAUAUGCUAUAAAGAAAUCCCUGUAAUACAAGACUGGAGUGACUGGAUACCUGGUUUACAUAAUUGUUUGAUGAUUCAAGAUGAUUCUGUAUCUCCUGGAUAUUGUUUACUUCAAUGUCUGAGAUCUGAUGCUCCUCUUCCUGCUGAUGGUGAAUCUGACCAAUUCUUGUUCAAGGAUAGACAUGGAAGAUUACUUUAUAAAAAUUCUAUAGUAUCUAUAUCAAAAAUAGACGGUUUAGAAGUACAUGGGCCAGCACAAACCAGAAUAGGACAACAAGGCUACUCUGAUAUAGAUCAUGUGUUUGCUCUACAUUGUACAACAUGGCCGCAACAAGCUAGACGAUGGUUGGAUCAACAAGGUGAAGGUCAGUGGCCUUCUGCUGGAAUGAAACAAUAUUGCAGCAGAACUGGAUGCUUUGUCGUUUGUAUUGGAUGUAGUGGCAGUGAAAAUGAGCAACUUGAAUGGAGAAUAUCAACAUCUUUAGCUGAAAGAUGUUUAAUUUUCAACCUGAAUAUUACACAGAUUCGCUGUUAUGUGUUGAUGAAAAUCAUUUUAAAAACAUUUAUUAAUCCAUUCUAUAAAGAUGUUAUUACAAGUUUUAUGUGUAAAACUGUACUCUUCCACUGUAUUUCCAAAACAGGUUCUAAAAUCUGGAGAGAAAAUAACUUACUUUCUUGUCUAUCACUCUGUUUAUAUCUCCUGUACAAUAAUAUCAUUAAUGAACAUUGUCCACAUUUUAUCAUACCUGGGAACAAUUUAAUGAGGGGAAAGAUUUCACCUGCAGUCAAACCAUAUAUCCUGGAAAUACUCAACAAUAUCAUCUUCAGUGAAGGAGUGGCACUUCUUGGGAUUAAAUGUGAUCAUCUUGGCUCCAAGCUUCAUGACAAGUUUUAUAACUUCUGUCGAAUUAAGACAAGUGAUUUCAUUUCAGGAUUACUAUUUGUGGAUAUGGCUUUAGCUAUAUCUGGGAAACUGGUACUUAUUUACAAUCAUCUUAAGGACAGUAGUCCUAAUAAAACUGUAGAAAUAUUCAAGAAAUAUUUAUCAAAGACAGUUAACUGUAAAUAUGAAGGUCUUGAUAAGACAGCCAGUCAUCUUACGACACCAUGGUAUUGUACAACACUUGGAUCUGUACUGGCUUCACUCAACAUCUAUCAGCACAACACUGUAUCAGCAGAUGCCCUCAAACUCAUCUCACUUGGUCUGAAUACAGAUGUUGCAUCAAAUAAACUGAAACUAGCCUCAAUCUUAUACUGUGUUCAAGAAAUACAAAAAGCUGACCUGGUUCUCAGUGAGAUUGAAAGAAGAUAUGAUCUACAUAUUGUUGAGCCUGUCUGUUGUUGUUAUUUUUAUGAGAAGGAACUACCAAGACAAGGAUUCUUUGAAUUAUGUGACAAUCAUAAUGAAGAAGUCAUACGAUAUACAACAGCAUCAUGUGUUACAUUUCUGCCAUGUGAAAUUCACUGUGUACCAGCUGAACUCAGAUAUGAAAUGUUUAGAUCUACACAAGAGGACAGAAUGGUUCGCACUAGAAAUGACAACGAUUGGAUGGAUUUUGCUGUGGUGGAUUCCCUCCCUUACCUCUACUUUCUACAAUACAAAAUUAACAACCAUCUUGGGAGACAUGAUGAAAAACAAGCUGCUCUAUUUAAACUUAUCCGAACCAUAAAAGAGGAACCAAACCUUGGACAUCGGGAAACAGCCCUAAAUAUUCUCGGAAAGUGUAUGGAACAAGAAGGUAGAGCUGGAGACGCGUUACAGUGUUACUUGAUGUCACUUAAUCUAAGGGGAAGAAACAAUGCUGCAAAGAUUCAUAUCGCCACACUCCUAUCUGUAUUUAUAAAUGCAAGGACAUAAAAGGUACGACAAAUCGUGAAAAAGCAGGACAGUAAGAAAGAAAUGAACAAGCUAUAAUUUGUAUUCCUGCGAAACAUUUUUUUCAAAUGAUAUGAUCCAAGCUAUCGAUCAUACCAGCAAUAUCAACUUUGAUUAUACCCUUAACAAAACAAUGACCUUAUACAUGUUCAUCAAGAUACUUUGACAUGUUAAAUUUGGUUUCAACCCUGAAGACAUAAAAUUCUUCUAGAGUAUUUGAAAACCAGGCAGGAGUGUGUGCCCAUAUCAUCACCUAGAAUUUGGCCUGUAUAGUAACAAGGAAAAUAGUACAUACAUUCGUAUGUAAUAUAAGUAUAUUGCAUACUAACUUCUGUAAAAACUUUUUAUGCUUGAUGUAUGAAAGAUGUUAUAUUAAAUGAAUAACAUGUCAACAGAUAUUUUAUAUUUGUAAACAUAAUCAAGGAAAUCAAUAUAUAAAUAUAUAUAUAAAAAAAAGCACAGCCAAUUUACUGCUUUAAAACAAACUCGCAAAUUACACAUCUUCCACUGAACAGAACAUAUGAAAAUAGUGCAAAGCAACAGAAAUGAAAAUAUAAAUAAUACAACCUCAUUUUCCCGCAUAAAUAUCUUUGUUCUAUGAACUUAUAAAUCAGGUCACCAGUUUAUUAAAAACAUAGCUAACAUUGACACAAUCUGUCUAUGUUUGAAUGCUCUCGGAAAGGUGAGCAUAUACAUUUGUUGUCGCUGCUUUGUCCGUCUGUCCGCUUUUUGUCCGGAACAUAUCUCUGAAACAACAAAAGGUAUCAGCUUGAAACUUUGUAGGUAGAUAGGUCUCAUUGUGUAAAUGCACAGUGCACAAGAACUAUAACUCUGCCUUGCCUAAUUUUGGAGAUAGUGUCCUUUGUUCAUUUUUACACUUUGAACUUUGUCUGGGACAUAACUAAAACUAUAAGAAAUAUAAACAUGAAACUUUGUUGGUAGAUAGAUCUCAUUGGUUAGAAGUACAGUGCAAAAGAACCAUAACUCUGCCUUGCCAAGUUUUGGAGUUAUUGCCCUUUGUUCAUUUUUAGGCUUUGAACAUUGUCUGGAACACAACUCUAAAAUUUUAAGAGAUAUCAACAUGAAACUUUGUAGGUUGAUAAAUCACUUUUGGUAGAAGUGCUAUAAAAAAUAACCGUAACUCUGCCUUGACAAAUUUUGGAGUUAUUGCCCUUUGUUCAUUUUUACACUUUGAACAUUGUCCGGAACACAACUCUAAAAUUAUAAGAGAUAUCAACAUGAAACUUUGUAGGUUGAUAAAUCACAUUUGGUAGAAGUGCUAUAAAAAAUAACCGUAACUCUGCCUUGACAAAUUUUGGAGUUAUUGCCCUUUGUUCUUUUUUUUUCACUUUGAACUUUGUCCGAAACAUAGCUCGAAACCAUAAGAGUUAUCAACAAGAAACUUUGUAGAUAGAAAGAUCUCAUCAAAAAGAAGUGCAGUGCAAAAAAAACGUAACUCUGCCUUGUCUAAUUUUGGAGUAAGUGCCCUUUGUUCAUUUUUACAUUUUGAACAUUGUCCAGGACAUAGCUCUGAAAGUAUAAUAGAUAUGAGCAAGACUUUGUAGGUAUAAAGAUUUCAUUGGGCAGAAGUGCAGUGCAAAAGAACCGUAACUCUGCCUUGCCUAAUUUUAAAGUUAUUGCCCUUUGUUCAUUUUUACACUUUGAACAUUGCCCGGGACAUAACUCUGAAACUAUAAAAAAUAUAAACAUGAAACUUUGUAAGUAGAUUGAUCUCAUUUGGUAGAAGUGCAGUGCCAAAGAACCAUAACUUUGCCUUGUCUAGUUUUGGAAAUAUUGCCCUUUGUUCAUUUUUACACUUUGUAGGUGGAUAGAUCUCAUUGGGUAGAUGUGCAGUGAAAAAGAACCAUAACUCUGCCAUGCCUAAUUUUGUUAUUAUUGCUCUUUGAACUUUGUCCGGGACAUAACUCUGAAACUACAAAAGGUAUACUUUUCUGUGUCCAAAUCCUAUUUGGGGAGCAUCACCCGGUUGAACCGGC